AUGAAAAUUGAUGUUGUUUAUUGUACGAAAUUGAAUUCGUUAUUAUGGCUAUUGAUAAUAAUGAUAUUAUUGCAAAAUCGUGCUAUUGGUGAUAAAACAAACGAUACUUCUGUUAAAAAUAUGUGUUCAAAGAUGCAAUCAAUGUUAUCCUAUGGAAAAUAUCAGACAUCUCAAAUGUCGUCGAAUAUAACCUAUGUUAAACGUGAUUAUCCACAUAAUUUUCUAGCCUAUUCACCCGAUAACGAUAUUAUUGUUUUUGUUGAACCAAAUUAUAUAGUUCAUGUUUAUAAUUCAAAAUCAAUGUUACUUUUAGCUAAUAUAUCAACAAAUGAAAUUGUUAUAGCCGGUUCAUGUGUUUCAUUUACCACAAUAACAACUACAACAUCCCCAUUAACGACAGCAUUAUUUUUCAUUUAUCAAGAACAUAAAAAACUUGUGUAUACAUUAUCCGUUUGUCAAGUAAAUUUCGAUGUCAUUCAAUUGAUAUUCACUAAAGUCUACUGUAUUGAAUCAUUAAAAAUUAAUAUAGUGCGCGAUAUAAAAAUCACCGGUUUCACAAUAAAAAAAGAUCAUCAAUACGUAGAGGGAAAAGCGAAAUCACUCAUGUUUAUUUCAAGCGACAUUGGAAUUAUUUACUUCAUAUUCGAUUCAAAUUCUGGUUUAUUACAUCGAGAACCAAUGUUUAUGAAUGAAACGUUGAAUGAAGGUAACAUUGUUGUAUCUUCAUCUGGCUCUAUAUUUUAUGCCAAUAUGCAUGAUCAUAUUAUCUAUGAAUUAUUUGUAACAAAAGAGUUUCGAAUUAAAUAUGGAAAAAUCGUAAAAAGUAAUGCCAUUAAGUACCCAUUUGGCCUCAUAGACACAAGACAACAAAUUGUUCGAUUUGAUUCUCCAGUAUUAUGGCCGUUAGUCCUAUUAGACAAUGUUGGUACCAAGAUAAUUCCGGUCAUGAUGAGACAAAAUAGAUCGUUGCAGACGAAACCACAGCAUAAAUUUCAACUCGUCACUUCAACAAAUUAUCAAUCAAAAAAUACUUCAGCGAUUACUGUUUGUAAUACAACCCAUUUUGCGAUCACAUCGUCUUUCUUCAACAGAAUAAACGAAAAAACCGUUAGAAUAUUUACAUUUUCGAUGUCUCCUACAGCACUACGAGUUCCCUCAACAUUUUUCACUGUACAACCAUCGGAAUUCCUCGAAUAUGACACAGCUUCUGUUACCAGCUUAUCAUCCAUAGUCGACGAUGUUCCAAUAGAAUCGAUUACUACUUCUGCGUUUUAUUCUCUUUCAACCAUUACGAUAUUUACUCCAAAUGUGUUAUUGAAUACUGACAUCAUACGAAUAUCUUCUUCGACGACGACGAUUAUAAAUGAUAUUAUUUUAACGAAAUGGAGCACAUAUCCAUCAUCGUUUCAACCAUCGUCAAUAAAAUCAGAUUUUGAAACUAAUCAAUUUCUUAAAACGUCAUUAAAAACGUCUGAUAGUACAUCUAUAUUAUUUUUAAUGGAAAUGAAUAGUAUAACUCUACAAUCAAGAAUAAUAAUCGGCGAAGACCGAGAUGAUAGAGAAUCAUCGACGAUGGAUACUACAACUUUCAGAACAUUAAGAACAAUGAUAUUCGACAAUGAUAUUCAAACGUCGAAUAAUAAUUAUAGAACCAAGCCUGAACUAAUAAUAACAGAUCAAUCUUUCACGACCAAAUUAAAUGUAGAGAUAAAUUCUACAGAUAUGAAUCAAAUGCGCGAUACAGGUUUUUCUAACAUUGAAAAUGAUACAAUAAUAUAUGACUAUACAAGUACAUCAUACACGACACAACUGAUCUUUCCAGUCACCAAAAAUUCUACCAUUACUGAUAUGGAUCAACGUGUAAAUGACUCAUGGUUAUUAAUUGGAGAAAAUAUAUCAAACUCAACUGAUGAUUCUUCUGUGGAAAACACACUAUCCAUCUCAGUACUAAAAGAAACGACAGAAGCAGAAUUUCAAGCCUCACAUCUUUUAGAUGACAAAACUACUACUACUCAACAUUUAUUUGAAUGGAAGGUAUCGUUGAAUAAAAUCUUGUUGACGGAGACAGAUAUGAUGUCUAUCAGUGAACAAAUGACUGCAUUAUCUUUAACCAGGGUUUCUUUUAACUUGUUUCAUUCUUCUACCCCCUCACACGCUAGCACAAUAUCACUUCACUCUAACCGUCACACGCAAUCACCAUUGACACGCUUACACGAAUGUUAUUCUUCAAUUACACUGUUAAUGCACCAUACAUCAUCUAAAAGUACUUGUAUAACAUGUUCGGUUUCAGAACGCUUUAUUGCCACGAUAUCAAAACUAGACCAUUCUCAUUUAGAAACAUCACAGCAUCCAAUAACACCAUGGUUAAAAUACUCGCUAUCAACGCUAUAUAUACCAACAACAUUACAAACUUCAACUAGUACAACACCAUCGCUUCUUCCGAUGCAUUACACUAGUUCGUCAUUACAUUUGGCUACUAGUACAACACCAUCGCUUCUUCCAAUGCAUUACACUAGUUCAUCAUUACAUUUGGCUACUUCUACAGGAACAAACGAUAUCUCCCUAUCUACCAAUGAUCCGACUACGACAACUAUCAAAACCACGUCAAAAUAUUCAACUAACUUUCCUAGUUCUACCUUAACUACUCAAAUUUUGUCAUCGGAAACACAACUGGAAUUUCAAUCAUCAAUACAAAUACCACUAACCACAUCGUCUUCGAGUAACUUUAUAUCUACUACCAGCACACUUGCUAAUAUCGUGUUCACGUCUACCAUGGAGCAGACCACACUUUUUUAUAGCUCUCAUGCUAACACAUUGAAUACUACAGAGGUAGGACAGUUUUCAUUCAAUACAUAUCCUCCUAAAAUAGAUCAUUCAACUAAGGAUUAUAGUCAAUUUUCUACUUCAAUUCAUACUGAUAAAAUAACAAAAAAUUUACUAACCACCGAAAAGUUAACUACGAUCCAUAAAAACAGCAUCAAACCAAAAGUAUCAUCAAGUCCUUUACAUCCAAGUAAAUCAUCUGUUAAGAAAGGCACAAUAUGGUCAUCGCCUUCAACAUAUUAUUUUGAUCACACGAGAGAAACCACAUUAACAUCCUUACUCGUAAUUAAUAGCGUCAAACCGUCUACAUUAAGUUCAGUAAUAUACGAGACCUCUUUUCCCACAAAAAAAUCAACUUUUAAAAAACGACUAGAACGAUAUUCAUCAAAAAAGUCCACAAAUCUUUUGUCGACAGUCAAAUCGAAAAGACUUUCGACACUUUAUACAACGAUGGUUUCUCCAUUAAAAAUUUCGUCUCAAGUUAAACAGACUAGUUUGAAGUCGACAACUAAACUAUCUUCGUUGGUCGAAAAUGUUACAUACGUUACUGUAGGUACAUCGCGUCUUAUUCAACUCCUAUCAUCUGCAUAUACAACAACGGAUGUGAUGCGACCUUCUCGGGCACGAAAUCAAAGAAUGCGUAAUCGAACUCGAACAAUAGCUAUGAUAUUAACUACUCCUUCACAGCACCAUACUUCGAUUCGCGAUUAUCAAAUCACCUCUAUACCAUCUUCAACUGAUAUUUUAACCUUGAAAUGGCAUUCUGAAUACGAUUCCAGUAAAGAUAAACACAUCAUUUUCCUUGUUCCCCCGCCUAAUCAAUCACAAAUCAAUUUUACUUCGGAACUAUUAAGUUCGUUGUUAAAUUCCAAUAGUAAACUAACCAAUAACGAUGACGAUGAAAAAAUUGUUCAACUCGAUCUUCGCGAUAUAAAAUCACCGUCUUUGACAAUAUCAACAAAAUCAAAUUUAAGUUUUCAUUUGUUAAUUAACUUACCCGAAAUAGCUGCCAACGAUACUCAUACUCUACCGAUGAAUUUAACGUUUGCAGAUAUUGAAGCAAAUCAUUUUGAAACAAAUAUUAUCGGAUCAAAUGCAAAUCUCGAUCUUCAACGAAUACAAACGAAACAAUUUGCACUUUCAAUGGAUUCGACUAGUUUAGUUCGUAAUACAAGUGUCAUUAUUGGCCAUGUUAAAAGUGAUAAAUUUUUUCUAAAUUUAACAAAGUCAAAUGACAUUGACAGUGGAAAUAUGAAUGUGAAAGUACGUCAGGUCGAUUCAUCCACAGCUGAACUAUUUUUAUCGGGCGACUUCUGUACAAAUGAAAAUGGACUGCAGAUUAAUUUGAAUUUAACCAAAAAUGGUUCUAUUCGCUAUGGUGAUCGAACACCAAUGUCAAUCGGUCCCGUAUUUGCUCGUGUUCAUAUGUUGAAACAAUCAUGUGAUCGUGAUCAACCGAUGGUAUUAUUUUUCGAUGUAUGUCUUCGAGAAAAUCCGUGUUUGAAUAACGGAAUAUGCACAUCGUUAAUUCCUAAUGAGAAUUCAUCGUUUGGUGACAAUUCAAUGAGUCAGUCAGCUUAUGUUGGCUAUAGGUGUGAAUGUCCAACGUUAACGUCUGGUGAACAUUGUGAAUUAAUGCAAUAUCCAUUCGGUUAUUGUUUGAACGGUGGUGAAAGUAUUCAAUCUACCGAGGGAAACACCACUUGUAAUUGUCCAUUAGGCUUCGAGGGUGUUCAUUGUGAGAUAAACAUCGAUAAUUGCGAAUUUAUCACUUGUUCUGAUCAUGGUAUGUGUGAAGAUUUAAUUAAUUCAUAUCGUUGCAUAUGUUAUACAGGUUAUGAUGGAUUAAGUUGUCAAGAUUCAAAUUUUCAAAUGACCGUCAUUAAACUGACAACUAAAUCAUUUGGUAUUGUAGCUAUUCUAUUAAUAUCAAGUAUUGCUGCAUUAGCAGUUGUGAGUGAUAUUCAUACAUAUCUCACAAACCGAAAAAGAAAAAAACCAAAACAACAAUCAGAAUUGUUCUCUGAUGCUGUACUUUUGCUCGGUUUUGUUGAUGCACCAACCGAAAUGCAAACUCAACCUGUACGACGAAAACGUAAAUUUAAAGAACGUCAACGACCAUUAGCACAACCAUUACCUAAAUCUCGAAGACAAGCCUAUAAAAAGAUAAAAAAAACGUUCAAAAAAAAACACUUAGUGAGAAUGAACUUUUGA